AUGGAUGAGGUGGGAAUAUCAGUAGCAGCAAAACUUGUUGAAUAUUUGGUCAACAAUGGCUGCUUUCAAAGGUGGUGUCCUACUUGGAAGAGAUAUCGUCUCUGCAAAGCAUUGGCAAAGACAACUCAGCGAAUGAUAGGACUAAAUACAAAGAGUGACAAGUUUGAACGAUUUUCCCAUCAUGUCAUUGUUCCAGACGUAGAGUAUAACUCCUCUAAAGAUUUUAUGUUCUUCAAGUCAAUUGAAAUGGCAUGUAAUGAACUAUGGGAAGUACUGGAAGAUGAUGAGAGCUCUAUAAUUGGGUUGUGGGGUAUGGGUGGUUCAAGCAAAACCACCUUGGUGAAGGAAAUAGGGAAGAAAGCUAAAGAAUCAAAGCUAUUUUAUCAAGUUAUAAUUACAACAGUGUCCCAAACUCUAAAUAUUAGGAAUAUUCAUGGUAAAAUUGCAGACUUGUUGGGAGUCAAGUUGGAGGAAGAAACUGAAAUGGGAAAGGCAAGGAGAAUUACAAUGAAAUUACAAAGUCUAGAGGAACAUAUUCUAAUUAUAUUGGAUGAUGUAUGGGCUACGCUGAAUCUUGAGGAUAUAGGGAAUCUUGUUGGGGAAGAAGGUUUGAGAAAUUGCAAAGUUCUUCUUACCACACGUCGUCAAGAAGUAUAUGCUUUGAUAGAUUGCCAGAAAAUUGUUCCAUUGGAUCUGCUUAUAGAAGAUGAAGCUUGGGCUCUAUUUCAAACUCAUACUAGAUUAGAUGGUGUUAGAGAAGUGGCUCAAGAAGUUGCUGUGGAAUGUAAGGGACUACCCAUUGUAAUUGUGGUUAUAAGGAAGUGCUUGAAAGGAAAAGGACUUGAUGAAGUGAGUGUAGUAUUGCACAAGUUGAGGCAUUCAAAGCCAAUUGAUGUGGAUAAGACUGGGAGUGAUGCUUUUACUUGUCUCAACUUAAGCUAUGAUUAUUUGAGAUCUGCAGAAGUCAAGUUGUUGUUCUUGAUGUGUGUUAUGUUUCCUGAAGAUCAUGAAAUUUUCAUUAAAGAUCUUUUCAGAUAUGGAGUUGGAUUAAGCUUAUGUAAAGAUGCUAACUCAUUUGAAAUAGCAAGGAGCCAAGUUGUAAUAGUUAUAAAUGUUCUCAUUGACUCUUCACUAAUGAUGUACUCUCUCAACUUCAUGAGUGAAAAAUGUGUGAAAAUGCAUGAUAUGGUUCGUGAUACAGCUUUAUGGAUAGCAUCUAAAGAGAAUUAUACCAUCAUGGCAAACUUUGCAAAAGAAUUCAAUGAAUUUCUUGAAGAUGAAGUAGUGAAAGAUUACUGUGCUAUAUCUUCUUGGAAUAAAAAUGAUGAAUUUCUUCAAUUUCCUUCUCUUUUGGAUGCUCCAAGGCUUGAGUUUCUAUUGUUAAAUUCAAGCAAACCCUUAGAUUUAUCAAAUGCAUCAUUUGAAGGUGUCCAAAGACUCAAAGUUGUUACUUUGAUUAACAAUAAUUUUGUUUCUUCAACAAAACUACUACCGCAAUCAAUGUCGCAAUUGUCUAAUCUUCGAAGCUUGCAUUUGCAAGGAUACACAAUUUGUUAUGAAUGCUUUGUGGACAUCCUUGCUCUUUCAAAAUUAAGGAGGUAUACAUUGAAAAUGGGGCAAUGCAAGCAACCUAUAUUCUGGAAUAAAGGCAUGAGAGAGUUAUCUUUUGGAGAGUUAAAUAUCUCCAUCUCAAGUUUAGUGAUCAAGGAUCUUGUACAAAGAGCAAUUGUGAUUGAAUUUUACGAGCUUCAUGAAGGCUAUAAAAGGUUCAAUCUAGAUGUGGUUCAAGCUAUAGGAGAUAAUGUUGAAGAAAGUGAAGACGAGGAUGAUUCUGUUGAUUUUGACCAUAAUGACAUCAUCGAAUUUGAGACUACGCAUCGAUUUAUAGAUUUAAGUAGUCCUAGGCCUCCUGGACUUUACGGUGAAGGACCAGAUCCCUCUCAAUCUAAAAGGUAA